UGCAAAUGAGAGACCACAGAGAGAAUAUCAAUAUGUCUCUUGAGACCAACUCCUCCUUCCUGUGAGCUCCACAGUGAACCCCAGAGCACGUCGGGGUCUGCCUUCUGACUCCUGCUUCUGCCGCUGAAGCUACCAUAAGGACUGCCAGGAAACAGGGAGCAUUCAGAAGCGGUUUCCCCAAGGACCAGGUGGACCUCUGAAUCUGUGCUGCACAGCCCAAGGACUGGAAGGCAUGGCACCAGAUGUGGCCUGGCUCCUUGUCCUCCAGCUUGUCUUGCGGCCAACUCUGGUGACAGGCAUCACAAUGCAGACGGCCAUCAAGAACUUCCGAACCUUGCAUGUUGACUACCCCAUGGUUAACUACCCGAAGGGUUUCCACGGAUACUGUAACGGCCUCAUGGCCUACGUGAGAGGCAAACUGCAGGACUGGUACUGCCCUAAGAUCCACUAUGUGGUCCAUGCCCCCUUGGAAAGCAUCCAGAAGUUCUGCAAAUACAGCGAGAGCUUCUGUGAAAACUACAAUGAGUACUGCACCCUCACUCAGAGCUCCUUCCCCAUCACAGUCUGCACCUUGGGCCAUCAACAGGCACCAACCAGCUGUAGCUACAACAGCACUCUGACCAACCAGAGGCUGUACUUGCUCUGCUCCCGCAAGCAUGAUGCUGAGCCAAUAGGUGUCAUUGGCCUUUACUAGGGACUUAGUUCCCAAACCAGUCCUACCUACUACAGGCCUCUACAUGCCACACCGAGGCCCAUUCCCAAACUCUGAGUCUGUCUGCAAGCCUUCCUCCCUGACUUCUGAAUCAGAGCCCCACCCUCCUUUAGGCUCUUUCGCCUUCCCAUUGCCCCCACUCUGAGCCUUCCUCUCCCAGCGACAGUAAAACCCACCCAAGAAGCAGACUGUGUCCAGCUGGCAGUGCUUGUGUAUCUGCUGGGCCAGAUCCCGACUCCUGGAGGGAGGCCCAGGCCCCAGCUCACACUAUGGCAACAGGCACCCAGCUCCAGUAUCUCUCCCUAGGCCUGUUUUUAGUGUCAGUCAGUUCUCCACCCCCACCACACCUCCCGCAACCCCAAGUUCCCUUCUAAUUCCUGCCACCCUCCACUCUGCUCUGCUCUGCUCCGGCAAUAAGAACCUCCCUAUGACCCUCAGGCCCAUUUGCCUCCCUUCCCAGUCUGCAGUCACAGCUUCCCAGCCUGCACUAAUCUGUGAUUUCCCCUUUCCCUUCAUAUAACUCAUCCUUCCCCACCUCCUCCCACCAUUGGAGCCUAGUGAUGUCUUCCCCGGACUCCCCCAACCAACAUUAGCCAUGCGGCCUGCCUGUUCCCAAACAUUGUCCUCCAUAUCUCUCACCUUGGCCCACCACAAUUUCAAAUGACCUUUCCUGUCCUUCCCAAGGUCCCUUGGUCCCCUGUUAUCUCUGUUUUACUCAGGUGGCAGGGGAAGAGGCAGUCCCAGCCCCAGUCAUGUAAGGUAUAAAAACCACUGGGAGAAACUGGGCAGGAGGUCCAUGAGCCCCUUUCUAGAUUGACUUCUUGUGAAUCUGUAAUUAUUUCAAAAUAAAAAGUUGGA